AUGAUGCCCCCUUUGUCGGCAGAGAUAAGGGGUGCGGCCGGGAGUUCCGCGGAGGCCGGGGAAGGCGGCGGAGAAGUGCGGUGGAGAUACCACCUGGGGGUCCCUGACCGUCGCCAGGAGCUGCCGACAUUCGUGCGCGAUCUGGGGAAGCCUGUGCUGUUAGACCCGCUCGUGAACAAGGGCACGGCGUUCUUGUGGUCGGAGUGGGAGCGCUUCCACCUCAGGGGACUCCUGCCCGCCCGCAUGGUCACCAUGGAAGAGCAGACAAGCACACGGGAGGGGUCGUGGGACAAGGCGGCACGGGACCCCAACGGCGAGAUGGUGCAGUUGUUCUACCGUGUGGUCAUGGACAACUUCGCGGAGAUGGCCUCGGUGGUGUACACCCCAACGGUAGGGUGGGCCUGCCUGAACUUCUCACGCAUGUUCCGUAUCGCGAGGGGUAUGUACUUCUCGGCCAAGGACCGCGGGCACAUGGUUUCCAUCGCCUACAACUGGCCCAGCCACGAGGUGGACGCCAUCGUCGUCACGGACGGUUCGAGGAUACUCGGGCUCGGAGACCUGGGCAUGAACGGCAUGGGCAUCUCCAUCGGAAAGCUAGACCUCUACGUGGCGGCCGCGGGCUUCCACCCGGCCCGCGUGCUCCCCUGCGUCAUCGACGUCGGGACCAACAACAAGAAGCUACGGGCGGACAAGAGCUACCUCGGUCUGAACCAGGAGAGGCUAGAGGGAGACGAGUACCUCCACGUGGUGGACGAGUUCGUUGCCGCGGUCAAGGCCAGGUGGCCCAAGGCCUUGAUUCAGUUUGAAGACUUCCGCACGGAGUAUGCCAGCAAGCUCCUCGAGCGCUACCGCUACAAGCACCUCUGCUUCAACGACGACAUACAGGGAACUGCUGCCACCGCCCUCGCCGGAAUCUACGCGGGACUGGCGGCCACCGGUCGGUCCCACAACGACAUCCGCCAACUCAGGUUCGUGGUGUGCGGGGCCGGCAGUGCCGGGAUGGGCGUGGUGCAGUGGCUAUUCAAGGCGAUGGAGAAGCACGGGGCCCCUCCCGACGAGGCUGCAGGUGGAUGCCCCGUGGAUGAUUACUGGUAUCACCCCCUCCCUACCCCCUCGUGA